AUGGCGAAGAAAUUAACAGGAAAGAGGUCUAGUGGAGUUAGAACGAAAAGUAAUAGAGGUAGUAAGAGUACUGACGACAUGCAGCAGCAAACACCAGCCGAAUGGGUGAUCAACAUCAAUGAUUGCAUUAGAGAAGGAAAUGGCAUUGAUUCAGGCAGGUCAUGGACUAUCUACAGAGUUCCUAGAAACAUGGCUGAUAUUCACAGGAAUGCUUAUAUCCCCAAACUCGUGUCCAUUGGUCCUUUUCACUACGGUGAUAGGCUCUUACAACCUAUGGAAGAUCACAAGAUGCGUUACCUCUGGUACAUUUUGGGGUACAACUGCAAUGAUGAAGGUUGUACUACCCUCUCUGGUCAAGAACCCGGACCUUCAGCCCCUUCAGCAGAGGUAAGGACACCACAGCUUAACGUACCUGGAAUGGUUGUUUCCUUGGUACUACCAGAGAAAAAGAAAGAAGGCGUCGGUGUUUCUUUGGAGACACUUGGAGCAGCCAUGAAGGCAUUAGAAAGGAAGACAAGAGAAUGCUACUCAGAGACAUUUAAUUAUAUUAACAGCGAGGAUUUUGUGCAGAUGAUGGUCAUGGAUGGUUGCUUUAUUAUCAGGCUCCUUCAUCUUUACUACAGAUACUACUACUACGAAGAUGGUUUACAGGAACCUGUGAAUGAUCCAAUUUUCAAAGCACGCUGGAUGCUUCGCAGCCUUCAGCGCGACCUCUUGAUGUUACAAAACCAGCUUCCGUUUUUUGUUCUACAAGAAUUAUUCAACUUAAUUAGCUGUCCUGAACAAGAUAAUGUUUCUCUAGCUGAGCUAGCAGUCAGAUUUUUUAAUCCAAUUAUUCCAAGAGAACUGAUGAACAUGGAUGAUUUAGUCGAAGCAGAUGUUGUGUAUGAUCAUCUUCUUGGCUUAUUCCGUGGAAGUUUCAUCACGCCAUUAAAAUCUCGGUACAAGCGUGGAAAGAAGAAAUUUCAUCCGACAACUCCAAGCAUCAGGCUUGCUCAACAAGAAAAACAAUUGAAUUAUUGUGUUACAGAACUCAAAGAGGCAGGAAUUAAGUUCAUCAAGAAAGAGCAAAAUGAUGACCUACUUAGCAUAGAUUAUGAUGAAGAUGGCAUCUUAAGGAUCCCUCAGCUACACAUGGAUGAUAAUACUGUCCCUUUCUUUCUAAAUUCUAUAGCUUAUGAACAAUGCCACGAAAAAGCACAACCCUAUUUUACAAACCACUUCAUUUUCUUUGACUGCUUAGUGAACACUUCCAAAGAUAUCGAUAUUCUACACAACAAUGGAAUCCUAAAUCAUGUGCUAGGAAGCGACAAGGACGUAGCUCAUCUAAUCAAUAGGUUAUGUCGAGAGAUAGUAUAUGAUGUUGAUGUGAAUCACUUACAAAGACAAGUGAAGGGACUAAACAACUAUUACAAGACCUACUACAGUACUAGAUGGCAUAUUUGGAUGAGGAAUUUGGUCCAUCAGUACUUCAGCAGUCCAUGGACAUUUCUUUCCCUCAUUGCAGCCAUCUUUCUGUUGAUAUUGACGACAGCCCAGACCUUCUUUGCUGUUUACUCCUAUUUUAAACCAUCCCCGCCAUAA